ACUGGGGGGGUGCCUGAGUGCGAGCACUCGCCGCGGAUCCCGAGGAUGUCGGUGCUCACUCCCCGCUCCGCACGUGGCCGGACAGAAAGGAGCCGCGGCCCCGCCCUCCGCGAGUCUCCGCCCCUUUGAGAGCACUUGCCCUCGGGCGGGGCCCGGGCAGAGCGGGGCCGACAGCGGAGCGGCUCGGGAUCCUCCUCCAGUUCCCCAGGCUCCCCGCGGGCCUGGGACCCGCUCAGCACCAUGGGCUUCCACAGGCCCUUCCUGCUCUGCCUCGGCUUCUAUGUGGUCCGGGCUCUGCAAGAGUUCUACGAGCUGCCGGCGCCCCGCUUGGAGGUGGAGCCCAGCUACCCGGUGCCGCUGGGGGCGACGCUGCUGCUGCGCUGCCGGGGGGCGUACGACUCGUUCAGCUACCGCUUCUACAAGGAUGCCCUGCAGGAGGCCCUGAGCCUGGAGAACUCGUGCUGGGAGAGCAUGACCCCCCACCUGCGCCACCCCCAGGCCACGGCCAGGCUGGGCGGCCGCUACCGCUGCCAGUACGACUUCCACUCCUUCUGGUCCAAGGUCAGCCUGCCGCGGGACGUGCCGGUGGCCGGCCUCUAUGAGAAACCCUUCCUGUGGGCGACUCCCGGGCUCUCGGUGCCCGCGGGGGGGAGCGUCACCUUCCACUGUAACUCCAGCGUGGGCCUGGACACUUUCGUCCUGUACCACGGCUCGCCGGAGAGCGGCUUCCGGACCCUCGAGGCCGAGAACGCGGGCAGGAACGAGGCCGUCGUCGCCCUCCACAACAAGACGGAGCAGAUGAAUGGGCAGUACAGGUGCUACGGCUACGUGAGCAGCGAGCCCCAUAGCUGGUCGGCUGCCAGCGACAGCCUGGUGCUGAGCGGCGGCGGGGAACUCCCUCCUGGGUGCCGGAACGCGGUUCUUCUCCACGUGGUCCUGGCCUUGGCCACACGGGCAGCUUAGGCCCGGCCCAGCCAGAUGGGCAGUGCUGAGGCCCGGGAGAGCCAGAGCUGUUUCCCUGGACACAGACGGACGGAGUUCCCCGCUCCCCGAUUCCCAAGCCCAACCUCCCGGGCAACCCCCAAUAAACCGCUGAUCGCA